GGAGCGGAAUCGCGCUCAACACCCUGCUCCUCUCCUCCGUCUCCUGUUCGUGUGAGAGUAAAGCAGAAGUAUCAGCGUCACACUGACUGUUCGGUGACGUCCUCGGUUUCGGUUUGGUGUCAAGACACAAUAAAAGGAAAUCCCGGAGGAGUCAGGUGGUUCCGCGGAGAGGAGAGACCCCUUUAAAUCGACGCGGCGCUGGUGAGCUGCCAGGAAAGGAGAGAAAGAGCGAGAGAAAGCUGUGAUAAACAACACCACCACCACUACCACCACCGGUCCUUAGAGGAAGCGUCUACCGGAUUCAGUUCCUUAAAUCCGGCCUCACGGAGACGAGGUCUUCCGUUAUUUCCGUCCGUUUUCCUCGCCUGUUUCCUUCACGUUCGUUGUUGAUCCAUUUGCGGAAGUGAGACUCCAGUUGACGGCUGCUCUGCGGGGACAUCUAGUGGCCGAACAGGAGAACUGCACGCAGCGAUGUACGGAGCGUCAGGGAUUCCCGAGCUCAUCGCGCCCCGCGGGCCACCCCGGCAGCCCGGCCCGGCGGGGCAGUUCAACCCGGGGCACCCUCAGGUGAACGGCCACGGAGGAGGCUCCAAUCCCCAGAGGCUCGGCCAGAGGGCGCCCAAACUGGGUCAGAUCGGGCGGUCCAAGAAAGUGGAUCUGGAUGAUGAAGACUUGGACGACAUCACGAACAACAACGGCCAGUGCGCCGUGUCCCUGUCCCCCAUCUCCUAAACUCCACUAUGAACUGCCAAAAUCCCGGUCGGGAUGCCAAAUCUCCUCCAGUCAGUGCUCUUGGUUCUUUAAGCGUCCUCCAGAAGCUUCUGAUGGUCCUUGUGGGUUUUCCAGAGCAGCUCGGUCGGCGCCAACCCAAACCCUGAUUGUACAUAGUGUUUAUUUAACUGACUGUGAAUGAUACUGGCUUUAAUUCAGGACUUGGAAGACGUUGAGGGUUCUUAUUAAGGGCUAAUUAGCUGACGUUUCACAGGGUGAGUGGAAGCAGGUUGGUGGGGUUAAAGGGUGCAAACGUGCAGCGACCACUGUUCAACACUUAAACAAAACAACUACUGCUAAUUAUUUUGUUGUUGUGAUUCUUAAUUUAUUUUUUUAAAAUAUUUGUUUCUGAACCUUUUCUCGAUCUCUUCAGUUUUUCCGACUGGUGCACUUUGUGGGAACGCCUGUUAUGUGCCGUAACUUGCAUGAAGUCUGUGAACGCAUCAAAACACCAGUGUCCUGUUAUUUAAGGGCUACGCAGGAGUUUGUUUUUAAAACCAGAUCACUGUUUUGCACUCAGAGUCGACUAUUAAGAGCUUGUCGACUUGACAGAAUAAAAUGUUACGUUUUUAAUGUUUCGGCGUUCCCAAGAAAAAAAAAUUUAAUGAGAAUUUAAUGCUUUAUACCUCAGAAAAAAUGUGUAUGUAGACCUUUUAAAUGCAGAACAAAACAUGUAUAUUUAUUUAAAAAGCACUUCCGACAUAUCUUUCUGACUAUAUUUCAGACUUUCUACUGACGGGAUGAACAGUCACCCCAGAAAUGAUCACACACCCAGCUUUGGCUAAAGGUGUGACUGCCUCAGGCUCACGUGGAGGUUGUGUUAUUAUUGGAUGUGAAGUUGUUUUUGUGUCGGGAAGCACACAGACUCCGAUCGGUGUUGUGGUUGCCUUUCUUUUGCAUGAAAAUGAUCAACUUUUCUUAAUGCAUUGCUAGAAAUAAAACAAAAGGUCCUUAAAGA